AGGUUGGGCACACUGAGUAGUACUAUGUACAGAAGCUUGGACCACUCCGACUCCAUCAGUCUCCUGAAGUCUUGCUUUAUGUCUGGAAAACCCCGAUAAAUCUUCAGUUCAGGUGCGUUGUAGCUGACUAGGCGAUGGACUGGAUGAUCAUGGGUGGGCUUUGCCAACUCUGAUGAUUCUAUGACACAGAACGCCCAUCCUGCCAUCAGAUCACAGGACGCUGUGGGCAGCAACAACAAGAAAGAGAGUUCAGGAUUCAAGAUUGCGGGCUUUCUGUUUAUCAUCUGUGAUAUUUAAACCUUUAACCCCCAAGCGGCUGUUUUCCUAAGUGUGAUUUAGGUGCAGGGGUCGGGGGCUGCAACCCUUCAGGAAUGAAACACACAGACACAAAACCCUAAAAUAAACAUUCCGCCCACCCCGCGUGUGCAGCCAAACAAUGGCAUUGGCGACAAUAAGUCACUCAUUCCCCACGGCUCAAUCCCAGAAGCUUCCCUGGAAAAAAUCCUUGUUUCCUCCCCUGCCUGGCGUGAGGACCUCAGGAUGCUGUGCAGGGAAUGACGCUGCUCUGAACUCACAGUGGUGGCCGUAGGACACAGCAAAAGCCAGCAGGAAGACCAGCGACUUAACUAAAAGCAGACACUGACCUAAAUGAGGUUGUUUCCCUGAAAAUGUCUUCAAUCUGAAGUUGUCUCUUGGUGUCUCAAACGGGUGAAGGUGAAUCUGAAGAUUAAUUUCCUUCUAUCAGGGCUGAAUCUUUGUUGGAGAGCUGGAUAUGCUUUUUAAAGGGAUGACAAGCAGUGUAUGGGGAUGUGAGAAGCCAUUGGAACCAGAACCAUGAGACUAUACGUUGUCUUCCUCCUGUCAGUGGUGAAUGGAGGGAUGUCCAAUCAUCAGCCUGCUGAGGGGAUGCCCUGUGAAAUGGCAAACUUGCAGGCAUUUUGCCACAACAAAGACCUUCACCAAAUCCCUCGUGAGCUCCAUCCAAAUGUAAACAAGAUAGAUCUAUCUGGAAAUCUGAUACAAAGCAUCCCUGAAAUGCCUUUACCCCUCUACUCUUCCCUCCAGUGCCUCGAUUUAAGCUCCAACCAGAUAAGCUUCAUCACGCCUGGAGUCUUUGCACACAUGACAAGUUUGCUGGAAAUAAAUUUAGCUAACAACAACUUGUAUGAGCUUGCUCAGAUUGGGACAGAAGGGAUUGGACUUUUACCCAAGGUGGAGAUACUGGACUUGUCUCACAACAGUCUCUACAAUGGGAUGGCUGAAUAUUUCAUUAAACGAGCUCCAGCACUGCGCUAUCUUUCACUGGCAGGUAACAGUAUUAUAAUGAUAUCACACAAGAUGUUUCAGGGAUCUCCCAGUCUUGUGGAGAUAGAUCUACAGAGUAAUAUCAUCAUGGAAAUUGAAGAAGGUGCUUUUGAGACUCUACUGAAUCUUUCCAGACUGAAUCUCUCCAUGAAUUCAAUUACUUGCAUCUCUGAUUUUAACCUCAGGCAGUUGGAGAUACUUGACCUCAGCAGGAACAGCAUUGAAUCCUUCCAUACCACAGCGUCAGAUGACGAGUACAGCUUAAGAUGCUUGGAUCUGAGUGAAAACAAACUGCUUCGCUUCCCAGUCUUCCCUCAGGUGAACAAGCUGGUAACUCUGAAUUUAUCAAAGAAUUUAAUUCAGCUCACAGCUGAAUCCUCUCAUAAUAAAAUGGACUACAUGGAGAAUGAAUGGUUAGAUGCUCCUUUCCAUCUUCUUGAUCAGAAGCAAAGUAGAAACAAAAGUUCUCUUAAUUUAUCCCAACUUGUAUACCUAGACUUAAGCUACAAUGAAAUCAAAUCCAUUCCGGAUGAGUUCUUCGAAUCGAUGAUGUCUCUUCACACCCUUAACCUCAGUAAAAACUGUCUACAGACUUUUGAAGUAACUUCUGACAGUACAUUGGUCUCCUUAUCUGUCCUCGAUUUGAGCUACAACGCUUUGCAGAGCCUCCUCCUACAUGCCGACACACUGUGGAAUUUGAAGGAGCUCUAUAUUCAAAACAACCAUCUUCAAAUCCUCCAAUUUGACAUCUUUUCAAGACUUCCAAGCCUCAGAUGGCUCAAUCUACAGAGCAACAACAUCACUCUUUGCAGCAUGUACUCAGGAUUAGCAAAGCAAAGACUUGCCGGAGAGGAAAAUGGUUGCAUAUCAUUUGUUGACGCUCCUGCUCUUCAGCACUUGUUUCUAGCUGACAACAUGCUGAGCAUCCUACCAGCACACACUUUCUUCAAGACUUCCCUGAUUUUCUUGGAUCUUUCCAUGAACCCGGGGUUGACAAUUGAAGUUAAUGCGCUAUCUGGACUGGAACAGUCACUUGAAUACUUGCAUUUACAUGGCAAUAGCCUGAUAGAAUUAAAUAUCGACUUGCCUUGUUUUAGUCACCUUAGACACUUAAACCUCUCUGAAAAUCAGCUGAGUUGGCUGCCCAAGUGGGGCAGUGGCUCUCCACUGGAAGUUCUGGACCUACGGAACAAUAGGUUUAGUACAUUACAGAACAGCAAUAUUUUAGCAUUAGAAAAUUCUCUUAAAAACUUGUAUCUCACUGGUAACCCACUCAACUGCUGUGGAAACAUUUGGCUGUCAUUGAUGAUCCAGAACAAAAACGUCCAGAUCUCGAACAUAGAGCAUCUAACGUGCCAAUACACCCAGAACUUCGGAUACCAGGAAGAAGUGCACAUUGGGAACAUUAGACCAGAAGACUGUGAAAAAGAGGAUCUAAAGAAAAUCAACUUCCUUAUUAUAUUAACAGUUGUGUUGGUUUUAUCCGUGAUCAUCAUCGCUGUGGGUUCGUUCUUUUGCUUUCGCAGGCAGAACUUCAGUCAACAGUUUAAAGCAUAGCACAGAGAUUGCCUUGAAAACCGAAGAAAUCAGGUGCUACACUGCCGCCGUGUAGAAAUGAAGAGUAAAAUUCUUCUCCUUGACUUUUAACUGUGGAUUUUAAGGCAGUUUCACAGCUCCCCUGAACUACCCCACUACAGGGUUGCAGGGAAUUAAGGGAGAGUUUACCACAUUUUGCAUUUGCUUUGUUCACAAGCAGAUCUGCCUAAAUGUUCACAGAGUUGUAGUAGACUCUGUAAAGCCCUGUGGUUGUGAGGGAGGUGUGAUUUAAACCAGACCUAAAGAAAAAGCCUUCUAAAUCAGGAGACAUUUCACUAAACUCAGAGAUGCUUUGUUGAUGUCGCCUCCAUAGCAAGGCUUCAUAUAUACAUAUAUAUACAUAUAACACUACAGAUAUCCAUAGUGUUAUAGAAACCACUUUUUUUUAUGCCAGUUGUUGAUGACAUCACCUGAAUAGGAAAGCCCUUCUCAAAGUAGUUUAACUCUAUGAGAUGUUGCUCCUUACACUGAGCUUUGUGUGUGUUUUUUUUCCUCUAAAAAAACCUUAGAAAUGAGAUUUCCUAAACGUUAAAAUGAAAUCACAAAAUCAGUAGGACAGCCCAAAACAGGAUCUUUCUCUGUAACAAAAAUCUCAGGUGUGAACCCAGACUUGCUCAGAAGGUCACAGGUCCACAGUUCAACUCAAAGAGGAGAAAUUUGCCCCUCUCGUGCAAUACAUAUUUAACUGGGUUUAAUGUGAAGAAAUUCAUCUCUGAGGUGGACGCUUUCUAAAAGAAAAGUCUAAGAGAGUGAAUUUCAACCGGCUAUCUUUGGACUGAAAUGUUUGUAUUUCUAAGGAAAACUGUUGGGAACUCACUGCAUACAGUUGCAUUUCAAUGCAAAAAGAUGAUGAUUAUAUAUCGAUUUUUAAAGGUCACAGGAGGCUAGAUAUGUUUUAAACACGAAAGCGUGAAACAAGAUGCAGGGAACUGAGUUCUGGGCCAUUAUUCAGAUCAGAGGUCCACUAUCUUUCCCUACUGAAGACUGGUUGCUAGUAGAAGUCUGUAGAUCUUCAAUCUGUGAUGGGUUUAAUAUGAUCAACCUGUUGUGUUGCUAAAAGCAGACACUGACAUAUGUUAUAUCCUGUACUCUGAUGGCAGAUUCACCCUUUUGAAGUGAAAAAAAAAAAAAGCUUUCCAACAGCAGGAACCUGACCUACCUAUGGGACCCAAUGGCUUUGAAAGGAGCCACAAUGGGUUCUCUGUUAAUUCCAGGAAAUGUGCAUUUCAGCACAUAAGAGAAAUAGAAGUCAAACCAAAACCUGUUCAGGUAAAUAACUCAGAGUCAAAUUGCUGCUCCACUACUUUUUUCUUCAUGCUAGUGAAUGUCAAAAUUAACACACUACAGAAGGAUGUAUAAUUCUAUUUUUAAAGCGGAUGUGUAAGUAACCAGCUGGUCAUUUCUGUUGUGGGAUUUUGUACAAUAAAAACACCUUUAAAUUUUGUAAAAUACACAGGGACGUGAAUAUAUUAAAGCACCAGCUUGGAAUACUC